UACUUUGUUACUUUCACGCGAGCAGUGCACAUUUUGACCGUUCAAAAUGUACAGGCUUAUUGUGUCCGCCUUUGUCAUAGUGGCCGUGUCGUGCCAGCAACACGAAGGGGCCAGACGUGUCCCCAAAUACGCAGGCGAUCCUAAAACGGCGGCUAUAGUGCAAGAAGCACGAUACCUGAGUGGAAAUGGCGCGUUUGGCGCCGCUUACCAACAAGAAGACGGCAUCAACUUUAAAGAAGAAACCGACGCUGAGGGCAACAGGAAAGGCAGCUACUCAUAUAUCGAUCCGAGUGGCCAGAGGAAGACAGUGAACUACAUCGCCGGCAAAAAUGGAUUCCAAGCCGUUGGCGAUCACAUUCCGACUGCGCCUCAAGCUGCCGCUCCUACUCCUGGCUACACGCCCGAUCCUCGAUACAACUCUCCAGAUUACAAGGCACCACAAUAUAGUGCGCCACAACAAUACGUCUCGCAAGCACAGCCCCGUAACUACGGCGGCAAGCCCAAUGAAGACGACGGACAGUACUAUCCUGAGCUAUACGAACAAGAGAACUACGCAGCUCCACAACCGAGAUAUCAGCCUCAACAACAGUACCAAGCUCAGCCACAAUAUCAAGCCCAGCCUCAGCCGCAAUACCAACCACAACCUCAAUACCAGCCUGAACCCCAGCCCCGGUAUCAAUCUCAACCUCAGUACCAAUCUACCAAUAUUUAUACCGGUGUACAACAAGCUCAAUAUAGUGGUCUUCAAACUCAACAAGAAUACUCGGCUCCUGAAACGCGCUCGCAAUACUACGAACCAACAACACCGCCCCCCGCGCGUUUCUUUCCUCCUGGCAAGUUCAGUCUAAAUAGAGCACCUGACGGCUACUCCUAUUCUUUCCACAAAGCGUAAAACUAAUUUAUAAUGUUACCUCGGCGAUUUGUAUAGGCCGAAACACCUUAAAAAGCAUGCAUCAAUUAGCAAUUCGUCGCGUCAUCGAGGGGUCGACCGCGAACCACGCACCCGCCACUUGGAAAGAAUUUCAUAAUUGUUGUUUGCUGUGUUAUUGUGGGUUGAUGGACAUGUGUGCAUAAAAUAUAUUGUUUUUCCUAACUUAUUAAGGGAACGGCCUUAAAGUUUUCGGGCCGAGAAAGCGUCAGUGACGGAAACUGAACUGUAAAUAAAUUUAGAAUUA